UUUUUGGAGAGUUUCAGCCGCACACUUGAUUAAAAGGUUGAGAUGCAACGACAAUGGGUUGGAACCUUCUGCUGCUUUGGAUCUUCUUGAUGUACUUUCCCGAUAUCUUUAGCAAUUCUAAUAGCAUCAGCAGUAGCAUCAACCAGUCGCCUUCCUCUCCUAAAAACCAGCAAAAAUAGUCCAAAAUCCAGCUCGAAAAAUAGCCAAAAACAACCUCGAAAUCAACCGGAGUUCAGCGGUCUAGUUCGAGUUUUCCAGCGAGUUUCCAGGCUGUCGGAGAGGCGGUUCUGAGGUCAUUCGAGGCGAUGAGGUCGUUGGAAAGCAUUUCGGUCCAGAGUUGUCUAAUUUUCGAGUCGAUUGUAACUGAGGCUCAAAUUCAACCCAAAGAUGGAUAGCUCGGAAUCUCUCGAGGAGUUACUUAUGAUGAAUAGCGAGGAAUCUCUCGAUGAGUUCCUUCAGUCCAUACCAAAGGUACACCGGUGGGGAAAUAACGAUCUCGUAAAGCUUAAUGGUGUCGGGAUUGAUCCCAAAUAUGUGCCAAACGCAGUUCGAGCUCUAAAUGACUUCAAGCCACUUCCUAAUGAUGUAAUUCUGGCCUCUUUUCCAAAAACGGGCACUACAUGGUUAAAAUCUCUCCUCUUCUCCAUCACCUAUCGCUCUUUUAAAGAGUCAUUAGCCAAUAUCCACCCACAUGUACUUGUUCCUACGAUUGAGGUCCAGGGUUUUGAAGGAUUUGAAUCAUCAACUCAUGAUUCAAGGAGGCUCUAUGCAACCCAUACUCCGUACCAGAUUCUAGGCUCAACUCAUGAUUUAUCUAACUGUCGAAUAAUUUACAUUACAAGAAAUCCAAAGGACACGCUCAUAUCAAUGUGGCAUUUCACAAAUAAAAUGAAGGAUGCAGAUGGAUCGUUACCCCUUGAAGAGGCCAUAGAGAAUUUUUGCUCUGAAAUAAUUCCUUGUGGGCCUUAUUAUGACCAUGUUAUGGGAUUUAAAACGGCAAGCUUGGAGAAACCUGAAUAUAUUUUCUUUAUAACUUAUGAGGAGCUAAUGGAAGACACAAAAACUCAUGUCAAGAGAUUGGCUGAGUUUCUCGGUUGCCCAUUUGACAAAGAGGAGGAAGUUGAGGAGGUAGUGAAGAAUUGCAGCUUCGACAUUCUGACCAGCCAUGAAGUGAACAAAUCUGGGGAUUUUACUUCUUGGUUUCCAGUUCCUUUCAGUUCUUACUUCAGACAACGUAACAUUGGGGAUCAUAAAAGCUAUCUGGACGCUAAAACAAUUGAGCAUAUUGAUGCACUGACAAAAGAAAAGUUUCAUGGAGCUGGUUUCAUGUAUGGCAUUUAACAUUUGGUUCUACUUUUUUCUUUCAGAUUCUUCUUCUUUUUUUUUUUUCGUUGGUAUUUUCUGUUUUUCUCUUUCUUUUUAGUUUUUCAAGUACCUGAUUGUAGUAAUUCCUCUCAGUCCAGUUUCUUUCCUUUCAGAUUUCCUUUUCUCUAUUGCUGUAGUAAUUUCUUGGAGCUGGUAAUGGUUAUUCCUCCAAGUUUCCAGCGCUGGUGAAUGUUAGCCCUCGCUGCGUGCAGACCAAGAGCAACAAAUUUAAUCUGCUAUUAUUCUAUGAGGAUAGAA